AUGCCCCGAGCAGAAGUUGGGACGCCAAAGUACUUGGCCAACAAGAUGAAGUCGAAGGGCUUGCAGCGCCUCCGUUGGUACUGCCAAGUUUGCGAGAAACAAUGCCGCGAUGAGAACGGAUUCAAAUGUCACGCAGCAUCAGAGUCUCAUCUUCGACAAAUGCUGGUCGUUGGCGAGCAUGCUGGAAAACACAUCGCAAACUUCUCAGCAGAAUUCCAAUCUACAUUUGUCAAGCUACUAUCCCGGAGGUUUGGUACAAAUCGUGUCCGAGCCAACACUGUGUAUCAAGAGUAUAUCGCUGACAAGGAGCACCUACAUAUGAAUUCGACACGCUGGGUCACGUUAACGGAAUUUGUGAAGCACCUGGGUCGAAGCGGCGUGGCCAGAGUGGACGAGACUGAGAAGGGAUUGUACAUUGCAUGGAUUGACAAUAGCCCCAAGGCACUCGCUAAAGCUGAGGCCAAUAUGAAGAAGGAACGACUCACGACUUCGGACGAGCAACGUGAACGCCAGCUUAUUGCUGACCAGAUAGAACGUGCCAAAGCAGAAGUACCUGAAGCCGGACCAUCUUCCGUUCCAGCAGAAGGUCUCAAACGAGACGAGACGUCAGAGAAAGUUGUUUUAUCGUUCACCCCCAAGCUGGUUGCUCCUUCAUCGGAAUCGUCGUCUGGUGGUCUCAAACUCAAUCCAUUAAAACCAUCCAUCAACCCAUUGAAAGCGAACCCUCUGAAGCGACCCAACCCACUGAAAGCCGCCGCCCCAGCCGCCAAUGGAACAUCACACAAUGAUAAGAAACGAUCUGCCCCCUCCAUGACUGCUGCGGAGAGGCUUAUCGUCGAAGAGCAGGAGCGUAAACGUCGGAAGAUGGAGAGAGAAGUUCUCGCGUGA